ACGAACUCAACCCCGUACACACGGGGUGAGGAUCCCAUUGUUGUUAGCGUAGAGAUGUCAUGACAUUUCGACGAAUAGGUGCCACGUAGUCACUUAUGCGUUGCGGAUCGUGAUGGAGGAUAAUAACGGUGAUGGCAUCAAUUCAAUAUUGUGCGAAGCGGAUGGCUCGGCUACUUUCGUCGGUACGGCCGUCGUUGUGGCGUUCGCGUUCAGCUUCAUGAGAAUGCUAUUGUCCGUCAAAAUCGGAAGGCCGAUAGGUAUAAUAGACGCUUAUAUUAGUCUCAAUCCAUCUCCUUUUCGGCCGUUGCCAGCUUCAGCCGUCGACUUAUCGGCUGUCAGCAACCCAGAAGAAGCAAAUCUAGACACUAUCGAAGCACAUCCGUAUGUUAGUCCGUCGACCGGCGAUCUCGUUCCGCCAUCUACGUAUAUCACCGGGGUGUUAUUGUUCUCCCUUCGCGACGCCCGGAGAAAGAGAGGGGGGGGCGGGGUGAAAGAGAGGGAGAGAUCGCCUACGGCAUCGGUCGCGACGAUCGGAUCUUUUGCAGUUUCUCCAGUUUACGCAUCAAAGCGCGAAGUCAGGACGUGGAAUAACCUACGUAAGGGUGACGAGCCGAAUGAGUCUUAGCACAAGAAGCCAUUUAGACGACAGCAGUUAGGGCUGGGGAGCGCAGGGGUUCUGACCAGCUUCCCUAGAGCGCCUAGAGAGACUUCACAGGGUUGUGCUGGCCAGCUGACCUUCCGCUCGCAUGUUGAUAGAUGAUGAGAUUCUCAUCUCACUGACCUUGCCAGGUACCCAAGCAGCCUGAGCACAGAUCCUCGGCAUUCGUCGAAUGAAAUCUCGUUCUCAACGCGGCGGUGCCUGGUCGCUUGUAAGAUUCACCGUCUAAUAUCGUCGCCGAAGCAUUUGCCUGGGUAGGGUAUC